AUGCCUCCCAAGAAGAAAGCUACCAGGCCAGUAGAGGCUAUAGCUCAAGCAAGUUCUACGAAGAAAGCUCAAGAACCUGCACAAGAAGUCGACGGGCCAUCAAUAGAAGCCGAGAAUCCCAAACGCAAGAGGGCGACGAAAACGAAACAGGCUGCCAACGCGGUCCCUGUACCACCGAGAGACGAUGAUGGUUUCGCCGCCUUACUUGAGCCAUUUUACGAUGGGAAAAGUUUAACGGAUCCGAUCAAUACAGCGAGGGAUAAAUGGAAUCUUGUACCGGCUUUCUUGAAAGUCAAAGGUCUCGUCAAACAGCAUAUCGACUCCUUUAACUAUUUUGUCGAGCACGAAAUCAAGGAUAUUGUCAAGGCAAACAAAAGAGUUACCAGCGAAGUGGAUAAAUAUUUCUGGUUGGAAUAUACCGAUAUUCGUGUUGGCGAGCCCGAACGAAUGGACUAUGAUGAUCGCAAACCGCAAAAUGAAAUCACACCUAACGAAUGCCGUCUCCGGGACAUGACCUACGCUGCGCCAAUCAGGGUCGACAUCAAAUACAUGCGAGGGAGGACUAUAGUAGCUAGGAAGAAUAUAGCGAUUGGCAGAAUGCCCAUCAUGUUGAAAAGCUCGAAGUGUCGGCUGGCCGGAAAGAACGAUCGCCAGAUGGCUCAUAUGAACGAGUGUGCGUUAGAUCCUGGUGGCUAUUUUGUUGUCAACGGAACAGAGAAGGUCAUUCUUGUUCAGGAACAACUCAGCAAGAACAGAGUUAUCAUUGAAGCAGACCCAAAGAAGGGAAUCGUUUCUGCGUCCGUUACGAGUUCUACACAUGAGCGCAAAUCGAAAAGUUAUGUCAUGCUCAAAAAGGAACGAAUCUCUCUUCAGCACAAUAUCCUGCAAGAAGCUUUACCGAUCGUCAUUGUGCUAAAGGCCAUGGGAAUACAAUCAGAUCAUGAAUUAUUACUUCUAGUCGCUGGAUCUGACGAGAGAUAUCAAGACGAGUUUUCUAUAAAUUUUGAAGAAGCUACCAAGCUUGGCGUCCAUACUCAACACCAAGCUCUUGAAUAUAUAGGUUCCCGUGUCAAAAUGGGAAGUCGAUCAAGGCAGCCAGGAGGACCUCAGCGUCGCAAUUAUAUUGGCGAUGCUCUCGAAGCCCUUGCGAAUAUCAUAAUCACGCAUGUCCCGGUUGUUGGACUAGAUUUUCGCCCUAAGGCACUCUAUAUCUGUUUCAUGGUUCGCCGAGUCCUCAUGGCAAUAGUCAACCCCAAGCUUGUCGAUGAUCGAGAUUAUGUUGGCAACAAACGCUUGGAACUUGCCGGGCAGCUUCUUUCUUUGCUUUUUGAGGAUUUGUUCAAGAAGUUCAACACUGAUCUAAAGAUGAAUAUUGAUAAAGUUCUGAAGAAGCCUAACAGGGGCAUGGAGUUUGACGCAUACAACCACAUGCAAUCUCACGGCAACUACAUCACCAUUGGUAUGAACCGUGCUAUUUCGACAGGAAAUUGGAGUUUGAAACGAUUCAAGAUGGAACGGGCAGGUGUCACGCACGUCCUCAGUAGACUCAGUUACAUCAGUGCCCUCGGAAUGAUGACCAGAAUCAGCAGUCAGUUUGAGAAGACUAGAAAAGUUAGUGGACCUAGAGCUUUACAACCUUCGCAAUUUGGCAUGCUUUGUACAUCCGAUACUCCUGAGGGAGAAGCUUGUGGGCUGGUCAAGAAUUUGGCACUGAUGACUCACAUCACUACGUAUGAUGAUGAAGAGCCUGUCAAAAAAUUGACUUUCGUUCUUGGCGCAGAAGACAUCGUUUCCAUGAGCGGUAAGGAAAUUUACGAAAAGGGAGCCUACGUUAUUUUUGUCAACGGAACACCCCUUGCCCUCACUCGGCAACCCAAAAAGUUCCUCAACUCCUUUCGAAAAUUUCGACGUAUGGGACGUAUAUCUGAGUACAUCAGUAUCUUUAUUAACCACCACAGCACGUCUGUUCAUAUUGCUACAGACGAAGGCCGAAUUUGUAGACCUCUAAUUAUCGUUGAGAACAGAAAAUCUAAAGUCACGAAACGUCAUCUCGAAGAGCUGCGUAAGGGAACGAUGGAUUUCGACGACUUCUUGUAUAAAGGACUCCUCGAAUACGUUGACUGCAAUGAGGAGAACGAUUCCAACAUUGCCAUUAAAGAACACUAUAUUAACGAAGCGACAACGCAUCUUGAAAUUGAACCUUUCACUAUCCUAGGAGCGGUUGCUGGGCUUAUUCCAUACCCGCAUCACAAUCAAUCUCCCAGAAACACCUACCAAUGUGCUAUGGGUAAGCAAGCUAUUGGCGUUAUCGCAUACAAUCAAUUCUCGCGUAUUGAUACUUUGCUUUAUCUCAUGGUCUAUCCACAGCAACCUAUGGUUAAGACGCGUACGAUAGAAUUGAUUAAGUACGACAAACUUCCUGCUGGUCAAAACGCAACGGUUGCUGUCAUGUCAUUUUCAGGUUACGAUAUUGAGGAUGCCCUAGUUCUCAAUAAAGCCUCCUGUGAUCGUGGAUUUGGACGUUGCCAGGUGUUCCGUAAAUAUUCAACACAAUUGAAGAAGUACCCUAAUCGGUCUCAAGAUCGUCUUGCCGAUAGGUCAAUUGCCGAAAAUGGUAAACCCAUUGCAAAACAUAGAAUAUUGGGAGUUGAUGGACUUGCAAUGGUCGGUGAGAGAAUCAAUGCUGGCGAGACUUAUCUGAAUAAGGAGUCCCCCUCGAAUCCAACUUCUUCUGGGAUUGGUUCGGAUUACAGUGCAAACGAUAUGAAACCUGCACCAAUGGGCUAUAAACUACCGGAUCAUGCUUAUAUCGAUAAGGUCAUGCUUUCACAAACCGAGAAUGAGAGUACGGUCAUCAAAGUUCAGACCCGCCAAACCAGGCGACCAGAGCUAGGAGAUAAAUUCUCAUCUCGCCACGGUCAAAAAGGAGUCGUGGGUAUCAUCGUCGAUCAGGAAGAUAUGCCUUUUGCGGAUUCUGGAGUUACUCCUGAUAUCAUCAUGAACCCUCACGGUUUCCCGUCUCGUAUGACAGUUGGUAAAAUGCUAGAGUUGCUCUCUGGGAAAGCCGGUGUUAUUAAUGGCUCUCUUGAAUACGGUACCUGUUUUGGGGGUAGCGAUGUCGAUGUUAUGGGAAAGAUCCUAAUCGACAAAGGCUUCAGUUACUCCGGUAAAGAUUUCGUCACUAGUGGUAUCACGGGAGAGUCUUUACCAGCCUACGUCUUCUUCGGUCCGAUUUACUAUCAAAAACUCAAGCACAUGGUUCAAGAUAAGAUGCAUUCUCGGUCUCGCGGUCCCCGCGCUAUUCUCACACGUCAACCCACUGAAGGUAGAUCCAGAGAUGGUGGUCUACGUUUGGGAGAGAUGGAGAGAGAUUGUCUCAUUGCCUAUGGUGCCAGUCAAUUGUUACUCGAAAGACUUAUGCUUAGCAGUGAUGCCCAUGAAGUGGAUAUCUGCGAAACCUGUGGUUUGAUGGGAUAUUCGGGAUGGUGCCAAACAUGCAAGAGUUCAAAGGGUGUUUCGACUAUGACGAUGCCGUAUGCGGCGAAGUUGUUGGUGCAAGAAAUGCUUAGCAUGAAUGUUUUGGUGAGACUGAGGCUGGAGGAUGAAUUUCCUCAUUCAGGUCAUGUUCGUGGAUGA